ACACACGCAGUCAUAAUUUCAUCUCGGGAGUGAACACAUCUCUUCUCUCUCUCUCUCACUCACUCUCUCAUUCACUCUCUCACUCUCUCACUCUCACUCUUUCACUCUCACUCUCACCUGUAACGUCACGCUCAGAACUCCGUCACCACCACCACCGCCGCCGCAGGUCAAAUCCAAGCGACGUGAUUGGUCCAGAGCCUUCACACGUGACCUCCAUUUAACCACGUGACCUGACCUGACCUCGGCCCGCCCCGCUGACACUGCGAAAAGGGUCAAAGGUAUGGAGAGCGAGAAGGAGUUACCUGCGGCCCGGCGGAAGCGUCUACUGCGGCAGUUCAGUAAGGUCGCCCGGGCAAGCUUGGGCACUGGUCUGAUGGGCACACUCUUCACCUUCCCAUCCGUGCUAGCGAGCGACCUGCAGCGGAACCCAACCUCGCUCUACGGGACGCCCCUCUCAAUGGAUGGGUUGCAGGAUCUUGUGGGCAGUCUCUUGAUGCUAAGUUCGCUGCCCGGGGCUUGGCUGACGGCGGUGGUGGCGAUGCGGCUCGGGCGGCGGAGAUCCAUGAUGCUGUGUGGGGUGGUGGCCGUCUUGGGAUGGCUUGGCGUGGCUCUUGUACCCUAUCCGGCGGGCAUACUGACGGCGAGGUGUGUGUCGGGCCUGGCGCUGGGGGGGCUGUCCGUGGUGGUGAACGCGUACGUGGCGGAGCUGUCUGAUGAUGACGUCCGUGGCAUGAUGAGCAUGUCCUUGAAUCUCGCCAUACUGCUGGGUCAGGUCUUCACGGUGGCAGUGGGCUACGGUGCGCGGUACUACGUGGUGGCCUUCAUCAACGCCCUCGUCCCUGUUGCCUUUGUGCUGUUCCUUAUCUGGCUGCCUGAAAGUCCCUCCGUGCUGGUCCUGAAGGACAAGAACGAAAAGGCCAAGGCGGUGCUUCUGGACUUGCGGGGGUCGAAGGCCGAUGUUACGGGGGAGAUAAAGAGCUACAAGGAGUUCAACAGCGACCAGCAGGGCCAGGAAUCCAGUGCGUGGCGGAAGCUCCUGCAACCCGCCGUCCUGAAAAACUUAGUGGUGGUGUCUGCCCUGUUUGUGCUGGUGGCUUUUACAGGCUUCCUCGUGGUCAACGCCAACGCUGCCCAGAUGUUCCAGGCGGCAGGGACCACCGUGGAUGCUGAGCUUGCGGCCAUAGUGCUCAUGUUGGUGCAGUUCGGCGGCGGCCUCGCUGGGUUCUUCCUGACGGACAAGAUCGGCCGGAAAAAUAUCCUGUACGUGGGCUUCAUCCUUAUGACGCUUGGCCUGGGCGGGAUGGCGGUCUACAGCGGGCUGGGGCUAGGGCAGAAGGAGACGAGGAGUUAUAUUCAAUUUCAACCACUAGAAGGAAGAGGAGGAGGAGGAGGAGGAGGAGAAGGAGGAAUGGAAUUUCUACUACAACCACCACUACCACCAUCACCACCACCAUACAACACCACCACCACCACCACCACCAACCUAACAUUACCACUCUUGAAUAUAGAAGAAAGACAAGAGGAGGAGGAGGUGAAGAUAGUUAGAUUAGCAGGUGGAGAAACGAAGAAAGAAGAAGAAGAGGUGGAUAUGAAGACAGUGAACAUUACGAAGAUGAAGGGAGUGGAAGAGGAGGGGAUGGAGGUGGAUGUGCUGGUGGUGGGUGGAGGGGGGUGGGUCCCUCUGGCGUGUCUGGUAGUCUCCCAAACAGGUGUCUCUCUGGGUGUCAACGUAAUGCCUUUUAUUCUGAACCAAGAGUAUUUUCCCACGGCAAUUAGAUCCCAGGCCAGCGGGGUUUGCUUCACGGUCUGGACGCUCGCCACCUUCGCCGUCCUGCAGCUCUACACUCCCAUGGUCAACUCUCUCACUCAGGCUGGUCUCUACGGCUUCUACGGGGCCGUGUGCCUCCUCGGCCUGCCCUUGCGCCUGCGG